CACCCCACCCACACACACAAUAUGAACCCAACCACAUAAUGUGAACCCUACCCCCACUGUGAACCACCGCAACAAUGUUUCUGUACCCCCACAAUGUGAAAACUCCCCAAGUGUUACUCUACACCCUCAAUGUGAACCCUAGCCCAGUGUUACUCUACACCCUCAAUGUAAACCCUAGCCCAGUGUUACUCCACACCCACAAUGUGAACCCUAGCCCAGCGUUACUCUACACCCACAAUGUGAACCCUAGCCCAGCGUUACUCUACACCCACAAUGUGAACCCUAGCCCAGUGUUACUCUACACCCACAAUGUGAACCCUAGCCCAGUGUUACUCCACACCCACAAUGUGAACCCUAGCCCAGUGUUACUCUACACCCACAAUGUAAACCCUAGCCCAGUGUUACUCCACACCCACAAUGUGAACCCUAGCCCAGUGUUACUCUACACCCACAAUGUGAACCCUAGCCCAGUAUUACUCUACACCCACAAUGUGAACCCUAGCCCAGCGUUACUCUACACCCACAAUGUGAACCCUAGCCCAGUGUUACUCUACACCCUCAAUGUAAACCCUAGCCCAGUGUUACUCUACACCCUCAAUGUAAACCCUACCCCAGCGUUACUCCACACCCACAAUGUGAACCCUAGCCCAGUGUUACUCUACACCCACAAUGUGAACCCUAGCCCAGCGUUACUCUACACCCACAAUGUGAACCCUAGCCCAGUGUUACUCUACACCCACAAUGUGAACCCUAGCCCAGCGUUACUCUACACCCACAAUGUGAACCCUAGCCCAGCGUUACUCUACACCCACAAUGUGAACCCUAGCCCAGUGUUACUCUACACCCACAAUGUGAACCCUAGCCCAGCGUUACUCUACACCCACAAUGUGAACCCUAGCCCAGCGUUACUCUACACCCACAAUGUGAACCCUAGCCCAGCGUUACUCUACACCCUCAAUGUGAACCCUAGCCCAGCGUUACUCUACACCCACAAUGUGAACCCUAGCCCAGUGUUACUCUACACCCACAAUGUGAACCCUAGCCCAGUAUUACUCUACACCCACAAUGUGAACCCUAGCCCAGCGUUACUCUACACCCACAAUGUGAACCCUAGCCCAGUGUUACUCUACACCCUCAAUGUAAACCCUAGCCCAGUGUUACUCUACACCCUCAAUGUAAACCCUACCCCAGCGUUACUCCACACCCACAAUGUGAACCCUAGCCCAGUGUUACUCUACACCCACAAUGUGAACCCUAGCCCAGCGUUACUCUACACCCACAAUGUGAACCCUAGCCCAGUGUUACUCUACACCCACAAUGUGAACCCUAGCCCAGCGUUACUCUACACCCACAAUGUGAACCCUAGCCCAGCGUUACUCUACACCCACAAUGUGAACCCUAGCCCAGUGUUACUCUACACCCACAAUGUGAACCCUAGCCCAGCGUUACUCUACACCCACAAUGUGAACCCUAGCCCAGCGUUACUCUACACCCACAAUGUGAACCCUAGCCCAGUGUUACUCUACACCCACAAUGUGAACCCUAGCCCAGCGUUACUCUACACCCUCAAUGUGAACCCUAGCCCAGCGUUACUCUACACCCAAAAUGUGAACCCUAGCCCAGUCUACACCAACAAUGUGAAGCUUACCACUAAGAUGACUAUGUCCUUCAGCUGAAUUCAAACAGCAGUGAUAUCUGUAUUUCCCAUUACUUGGCAUUUGACCUUGCUAAGCUGUCCAAAAUUAGAUUGACUCCUUUUAGUUUCAUUUCCUUCUAUUUGUUAUUUGUUGGAGGCUACUCCAACACAAGAACUGUUUGUGUACACUGGAUUGUUUGAGAGAUGUAUUUGGUGGAGUGUGUAAGAUGUACAAACUUCACUUUGUAAAUAAACAUUAAAUUAAUGUAA